UGAAGAAAAGAGACGGAUUUAAGGAAAUCAGACGAUCAAAUUGCCAUGAUAACUCAACAGAAAAGGUUGCGGCUAAAUCGAAGUACCGCCUUGACGGGUUUGGUCAAACAAAUCGACUCCAGUACUUUGUUUUUUGUGUGGUACUUAUUCUAUUGGUCAGCUUUGCUGAACCGCUAAGCUACAGUCAGAUCAAACUAAUCGGUUACUUAAAAAAGAAAUUUCAGAGAUACUCUAAGAAAACAUUAUAUUCAACACGAAUCAUGGAAAAAGCUCAUUCGGAAUUAGUUUUGUGGCAGCUUUCACAAAAAUUGCUUAGUGAAAAUGAAAACAAACAAUUCAAAUAUUUUUUCACAGAAUUUCAACGUAAUCACUCGGUACCGAUGUUAUGUACUCGUUUAAAACCACUUAUUAACACAUCUGAACGUCUUGUCUUACUAGUGGAAAUGAGUUACCUUCUACCAAACCAUCUCUCAGACGACUUUCAUCGUAUUUGCUCACUGGAAUUUGCCAAUUAUAGUCAAGCACUUCAGGCUUGUCGUCCAGGUACGUUGCCACGGAUUGAGAGAUCACGUGUCAUCGCCCAGGACUCGUCAGGUAAAACACGUAUCGUAUCACAAGGUAACUUGAAGAAGCUUAUUAUAAACCGUUCUCCUGAUUUACGGAGCAGUCAUCAAUCCUCAUCAAUGCAAAACAGCAAUAAACCUUACGAUGAAUUUGAUGAUGCUGUUGAGAGUGUCUUCUUAGAUAAUAAUAUUUCACCAAAAUCACACAGAAAGUUUGAAGAUUAUAACAAUAUGAGAAAUUGGCAGGAAGCAGAUUUAAGAACGGAUUCAAGGAGGUCAUCAGGUCGUAAUUACAACAACGGAGUUCGUUCUAAGAGGGAUGAAAUAACAGUCUACGAAGAUAAAGGUUUAACUAUUAGUAAAAUUUCGAAUAAUCCUGGAGAACUUGGAAAAAAGACACAUCUUAUUCAUUUAGUACGCCAAAGUGGAAACUGUAGUUUAGGUAUGUCCCUAAAAGGUGGAAUGGACGAAAAUACUCCAAUAACAGUGGACUGGGUCGAAGAAGGAAGUUUAGCAGAUCUACAAGGAUUGCGACGAGGAGAUCACAUUUUAGAGGUGAAUGGACAUGAUUUUAGGUAUAUUACACAUGAAUCCGCAGUGAAAAUCAUGCUUUUGGCAACUGAGCUGAAUAUUUUGGUUGAUUCUUCAUUUGCAGGGAAUCUGAGAGAGGUAUCAAACCAAUCACUAAUUCAUGACUACAGGGAAGAAAAUGCCAUUAUUUACCCGUCACCACAAGGUCGUAUUGGCUGUGUCAUUACCAGGGAUGGAUUCUCGGGAAAUGAAGUUGUUGUCAAAAAAGUAAUGGCUAAUUCUCCUGCUAGCAGUGCCGGUUUGAAUGUCGGGGACCAUAUUCUAAAGAUUGAUGGAAUUGAUGUUAGUUUACUGACAGAGAAACAAAUCAUAUCUCUUAUGACAUCCUCUAAGAAAGUGAAACUUACGUUAUCAAGGGCUCAGCGUAACAGUGAUGACCUGGCAUUUUCAUCAACGAGAUCUAGUACAGACUUUUAUCAUGAGAGACCUUUCCAUAUGAGCAGAACCUACAGUUCGGAACACAUCUAUCCAUCAUACUCUGGCAGUGAUUAUGGUGCUUAUGGCCAUAACUACCCUAGAUCACCAAAGAUGAUGAAACAUUUAAGCUCAUCCCAGCCUCAUAUAUGGUAUCACAAAUCCACGACAUCACGAUCUGACCUAUCAAGUCCAAACAGAAGCUUCCGCCCUAUUUCUGCGAAUAUUCCUCGAGCAUCACCAAAUGCCAAUUAUUUGAGAGCUGUUUCAAGCCACUUUGAUGAUAUGCAUCUUAGUAGUUCUUACUCCUAUUACGAUCCCCACUUGGGCAGUCCUAUGACAAAGUUCCCAGGUCGUAUUUACCAAUCUCGAAGCCUUUCUAAUUUAAACAAACCCUUCCAAAAGGAGGAUUAUGCUCGGAAAUAUAAAUAUAAGAAUGCCAAACACAAUUCAAAUUCUCAGCAUUUCUUUGCAGAUGAUUCUUGGCCUUUGUACUAACCCCACACAGAACUGGUCCCUUGACAAGGGUGCAAGUUUACGUAAACCUAAUCAUAUUGCUUUCAGAAAGUAUAUAUAAGCUGUAUUAGGUCUUCAGAAAUUAUAUAUAAGCUAUAUUAGGUCUUCCCUCCAAAUAAAUAUUACUGUUUGAUAGAAACUGGCUACAAUACCAUAUACACUCAAAAGUAAAGAGACACUUUUCAUUAUACUGCUUUGUCUACCUAUUAAUAUGAUGCUCAAACAGGUUAAAUCAUUAACAACUGCAUAAAGCAUGUCUACUAAAUACCAGAUUAAGUAUUUAAAUGCAUCAAAUUAUUUUGUUUCUAGAAAUAAACCAUACCAAAAUGAUGGUGUCUCAAAAUGAUACUUUUGAGAUGUCUGUGUACUCAUUGAUGUUUUGUAUAUAUGUAGUACUUGUGAUUUUGUAUGGAGGCAAAAGAAAUCAGUUAUUAGAUAUUAUAUCAUAUUGCAAACUCAUGCAUGUACUCUAGAGUUUUUGGUGAGUCUCUACUAAAUACAGGAUACCUAAUUUGACUCGCCUCUUAUUCUAUCUCCUACCCAAACCAUAAGAAUGUUUGUCUAUUAUCCUUUUAAUACUAGAGAUUCCAGAACUGGACAGUAUGUUUAUCAGCUUCUGUGUGUGUGUAUUAAGUGUAUCUUAUUAUUUUAUGGGAGUACAAACUGCCUUAUAGCGGCCAAUGGUUUCAUCCUAGUUAGGGAUUUUGCAACCAGUGAAACAAUGUCAUGUAUAUAUGUGUGUGUGUGUGUGUGUAAUACACACACAUAUAUAUAGGGUUGGUCAAAAGCCACUUGACAGUAAAUGAAAAUUCUAUAAAUACUUAAUAUUCAAUUUUGUUUAUUCAUUCCAAUUAUGAAUGUUUAAUAAUUGAAUGCUCUGAGUUAAAAUCACCGGUUUUUUU